AUGUCUACAGAGUACGAUCACCUUUUUAAGCUGUUGCUCAUUGGCGAUAGCGGUGUGGGAAAGUCGUGUCUCCUUCUCCGUUUUGCGGACGACAGCUACACGGAGAGUUACAUCAGCACCAUCGGUGUGGACUUUAAAAUUCGCACACUGGAUAUUGAUGGUAAAGUUAUUAAAUUACAAAUUUGGGAUACUGCCGGCCAGGAGCGCUUCCGUACCAUCACCAGUAGUUACUACCGCGGGGCACACGGCAUUAUUAUUGUGUAUGAUACUACCGAUAUGGAGAGUUUCAACAACGUAAAAACUUGGCUUUCUGAAAUUGACAAGUUUGCCAGUGAGAAUGUGAACAAGCUGCUAGUCGGCAAUAAAUGUGACCUCGUUACGAAGAAGGCCGUUGACACGCAGAUGGCACAGGAAUUUGCUGACAGCCUCGGGAUUCCCUUCCUGGAGACAAGUGCUAAAGAAUCCUCCAACGUGGAGACGGCUUUCAUUGAGAUGGCAAAAAAUAUUAAGAAACGUGUGGCUGCUCAGGGAGCCAACAGCGGCGCAACUGCUGGUGGAAGGCCAUUACUAACCGGUAAUAACCGCCCAGCAACCAACAGCGGAGGUCAAAAGAGUGGAUGUUGCUAA